AACUAUGAAUCGCGGCAAAUUAGUUCUUGUUUUUAAAUUUUGUUUUGUUGUCUAAGUAUCUGUUGUCUAAAUAUCUUUAUUUUGUUCUCUAAAUUCGUCCUAACCUCACUUUAAAAUGCAUCAGUGUUCUUCGGCAUGAAUUUAUAAAUUCGUUUCUAUUCAUCACCAUCUCAGUAAUGACUUUCGAAAGGCAUUAUGUUGAUAAAGCCAUCGAUACUUUUGUUAUUGACAUUUCUAAAUCAAUUUUAGAAUAUAAUUUCGAUCCCAAGUGUGAUAAAUUAAUCAAUUUUAUCAAACUAUGCAGUUUCUUAAAAUCAUCUAUGAGGUGGAAUUUUAACUUUGAAGAGUUUUAUAACUGUCUCUUGAAUAUUCAUCAAAUGCGCUUAGAAGUACUUUGGAAUCUUCAUAUUUUUCAAAUUCUGCCGUUAGAAAUAUACUUAUGCAAACUAAAAUCAACAGAGGGUAUUUUAAAAUUCUCUGAACGGUUUUGUAUUUUCUGUCUUCAAGACAGCAGUAACCAAUGGCAAGAUCUUUCUUCCAAAACAGGUUUGAUGUCAAGCAUUAUUGAGAGAGCUUUUAACUGCUGUAAUGAAAAUAUUGAGGAAAUGUCAGAAUUAAAAGAGGUAUCUAAAACGGUUGUUGAAAACUUCCUCCAAUGUUUUUCUCUUUUAAAAAACUUUGGUUUUUAUCAAGAGUUUUAUUAUGGUGGAGCAAUUAAAUUGCAAGCUUUUUUUUGCUUAUGGACUUGUAGUACUAUUGAUGUAGAUUCUCUGAAUUUGUUUUCACAAUUUGCUCUUCAAAGCUUUCUAAAUACUUCAAGAGCAACAGAAAUUGAAGCUUUCAUUAUUCAGAAGAAUUGGAAAAAUCAAACAAAUCCCUUUCAUUUAUUGCCUGUCAUAGAAAAGUUUAUAGAAACUCUGAAGCAUGAUGAAAUUAAGUUCACUCUAAUGCAAUCUCUUUUUAAUGAUGAUAACAACUGGAGGAAUUUUUCCGUUAUCAUUUCUGCCCUCUCUCGAUCUACUGAAGACAAAUCAUCACUGAUUACAGAAAUGAUUACAAUUUUACUGAAAGAUGGGUUUGAGCAUAUUCACCAAAAAAGCUUGCAGAGGGCUUUGCUGAUUGGAAGAUUAAUCACAUUAAUUAAAAAUGAUUCUUUUGCUGCUUCUUAUAUAUCGUGGUUUCAGACAAAUAUUGGAAGUAAUCUUCAAGGAAGAAAUCCUGAAGUUGUUUCAGUUCUACUACAAGUUCUUUCAGAUUUACUACCUUAUGAAGAAAACAUUGAUUUUAUUAAGAUUAUGUUGGAAAGACCCUUGAAUGUGCCACUGGAAUGUCAACCACUAAAUUUGGAUUACAUUGUUCUGUUAAAAACCAGAGUGAAAGACUUGCAGCCGAAAGUGGAUACUGAAAAAAUCAUUGAGAAAGCUCUCUGUUAUUUUCAAGAAACCAAGAAAAUACCUCCUUAUAUCUUAGAAGCAAGUUUAAUGAAUAAACAGCAUUACCUGAACGAAUUUUUGCCUGCUCUUCUCAAGCCAAGGGUGAUUGCAUCAGUCGCCGAUACAAGAGAAAGUUUUAUUGAUUUCCUCAACAAGUCUGGUAAAAUUCCCAACUACUUUUAUAAGAAAUACAAGAUGUCUUGUCAUGAAGAACAACAAAAUCUUAUUGCAGGUAUCAACAUAGGAGAUGAUAGUUUUGGAUGACUACCAAAUAUUUGAAUGUGAUUGAAAAUUUGUUAUAUUGAGUUACAAGUAUUAAAUUUGCAAUUCAAAACCUAAUGUAUAAUAUCUGUUAUAU